AUGAGGUUCACAACGACAGCCUUGUGGUGUGUGGCCGUGCUUGUUGUAUCUACACAGGUGGAGGACAUUUCAAGUUCCAAGAUAUUACUGAUCCCAUAUAUUCAUCAGCAAACCUCUCGCCUCAUGAACAUGGUGAAGAUUGGUCAAAUGCUGUCGGAGCACAACCACGACGUUGCCAUGUUGCUUCCUUCCAACUGCGUCCCCAAGAACGUCCCAGAAAAAGUGCGUACAAUUACUUUCAAACUAGAUACCUUGCCUUUUGAUAUUUCGGAGGAGACGUUUCUGCACGAAAUGCGGAAAGAUCCAUUCGUGUUUAUGUCAGGUUGGAUAGAAUACAGCAGAGACUUACUUGACUCACUUUUUAAUGAUAGUGGUGUGAUGCUGAAAAUGGUCAACGAAGAGUUCGAUCUGGUUUUCAUGGAUGUAAUUUCACCACAGGGGCUCAUAGUGAGGGAUUAUUUGGACAUUCCUGGGGUAGGGUACUCGAAUUUAGGAUUUGGCAAUGAUAGGUAUUUUUCUUCUCCCCUCAACCCUUCGUACGUACCAUCACCCACUGGAAAGUUCUCGGAUAGGAUGGAUUUUUGGGAGAGAUUAACGAAUGCAUUGUCUAUUUUAGGUGCACGUUAUGUCACCGGUAAAAUGAGGGUACCUUUCAGUGAGGCCAAACUCAAAUACAAUCUUAAUACGUCGUUGUCUUUAUGGGAAGCCCAAACAAGAUUAUCACUUGUCAUAGUGAAUGUUGAUUUUGUAUUUGACUACCCCCGUCCAGUCAUGCCUUGGGUCAAGCCAGUUUCCGGACUGCUCUUCCAUCCUGCCAAGCCUCUUCCAGAAGACUUGGAAAGGUUCGUGCAGUCAUCGGGAGAGCACGGUAUCAUUAUCAUGAGCUUCGGGACAAUGAUAGCAGGGUUUAGCUCUGAAACGAUGGCAAUGAUAGCACGAGUUUUCGCGCGUCUUCCUCAAAAAGUGAUAUUGAGAAAUGCAAAAUCCAAUGUCCAAGGACUCGGGAAUAAUACAAAGGUGCUACCAUGGAUACCGCAAAAUGAUCUUUUGGGGCAUGAAAAAGCUCGACUUUUCAUCACCCAUUGUGGCGUCAGCAGUUCCCACGAGGCGUUAUUUCACGGCGUUCCUGUGAUUGCAGUGCCCCUGUUUUUUGACCAGUUUAGUCACGCAAAAAAGUUGGUGCAACGCAUUGGGAUGGGCGAAGAACUGGACUUUUAUAAUCUCACCGAACAAGCGUUUGGCGCCACGAUUAAAUCAGUCUUAACUAAGCCCUCAUAUUAUGAAAAUGCGAAACGUGCUUCGGCUCUUGUUCGUGAUCAACCGAUGAACGGCAAAGAUACGAUGAGGUUUUGGAUCGAGUAUGUAAUCAGGAACAAAGGGGCAAUGCAUUUUCAUUCACAAGCUAUGGAGAGUUUAAACUGGUUUCAGUUCCAUAGGGUUCACGAAGUCAACUAUGCCUGCAAGGCCGAAGGGCUAUGUCUGUUAAGGAAAUUAUCAAGUUCAGAGAACAACCAACUGGCUUAUACGAUAGCGGAGUGUCGCGUCGCUAUCAAGCAAACCGGUUACACGCCGAGAUCACUGAGGUACAGCAUUAACGGCUAG